GAAAUUUGACAAGCGCAUUUUGAAUUUUAUUUGACGUUGCCGAUUGCCGAUCCCCCGAUCCUUUAAUUUUACGUCCACGCGUGUUAAAAUGGCGAAAAAGAAAGCAGACGAUAAAAAUAAUCCAAACGAUGAUGAUACUAAAAAUGAAAGUGAUUAUUCCUCUAACGAGGAAGAACCAAACUUCAGCGAUCCCGAAGGAUAUGUCGAUGACGUCUCCGAUGAAGAGCUGGUAGGGGAUAUUUUGAAGACAAAACCUAAGGAGACUGAUGGCGUAGAAAGCGUUAUCGUUGUAGAUGGAGUUCCCCAAGUGGGUCCCAACCGUAUUGAAAAGUUAAAAUCUGUUAUAAAUAAAAUAUUCGCAAAAGCAGGCCCUAUAGUGAAUGAAUAUUAUCCAGUUAACCAAGAAGGUCAUACUAAGGGUUAUAUUUUUAUUGAAUAUCCAUCACCAGCUCAGGCUGUUGAAGCUGUAAAACUCACCAACAACUUGAAACUUGAUAAACAACAUACAUUUCAAGUAAAUCUUUUUACUGAUUUUAACAAAUAUGAACAGAUUCCAAAUAAGUGGGAGCCCCCAGAACCUCAGCCGUAUCAGGGUCAGGCUGAUAUGCACUAUUAUUUAUUAGAUCCUGAUGCAUUUGACCAAUUUGCUGUUGUAACAGCUCAAGGCCAGACAGUGCAAAUAUGGCAAAACACCCAACCUGAUCCAUCAACUGUUGAAGUGAGAAGUAACUGGACUCACUCAUAUAUAAAAUGGUCACCACUUGGUACCUUUCUGUCAACUUUUCAUAAGUUAGGUAUAGCACUUUGGGCAGGUCCUAAGUUCACUCAAUAUAAGAAGUUUGCACAUGUCAAUGUCCAAUUUAUUGACUACUCGCCAUGUGAAAGAUAUCUUGUAACUUAUUCGCCCCAAGGUGAUCCCCAUAAUCCUGAGCAGAAGAGGAUUAUUAUAUGGGAUAUCAGAACUGGUCUUGAGAAACGUUCUUUUCAACCUGAAGGCCCCACUGCCUGGCCAAUAUUUCGUUGGUCUCACGAUGAUAAGUACUUUGCAAGAAUAGGCUCAAACAAUGAUGCUCUCCAAGUGUACGAAACACCUUCUUUUGGUCUACUGGACAAGAAAUCCAUCAAGAUCAAUGGUAUCAGAGACUUCAAUUGGUCACCAACUGACAAUGUGGUUGCCUACUGGGUUGCUGAAGAUAAAGAUGUUCCUGCUAGUGUAACUUUACUAGAGUUACCCAAUAGGAAUGAGAUUAGAAAGAAGAACUUAUUUAAUGUAGCUGACUGUAGAAUUCAUUGGCAAAAGUCUGGAGAUUACCUCUGUGUCAAAGUAGACAGGUACUCUAAGGUUCGUAAAGAGAAAAAUGAAACAAAAUACUCAGGUAUGUAUUGUAAUUUUGAAGUAUUCCAUAUGAGAGAAAAGCAAAUACCUGUGGAUAGUGUUGAAUGCAAGGAACCGAUACAAGCUUUUGCAUGGGAACCAGUUGGCUCCAAAUUUGCAAUGAUUCAUGGUGAAUCGCCAAACAUCAAUGUCAGUUUCUAUGAGGUUAGAAUGGGUCAAGCUCCCAUUAUCUUAAAGAAAUUUGAAAAAAGAGCAUGCAACCACUUGUUUUGGUCACCUGGCGGACAAUUUAUCGUUUUGGCUGGUCUCGGUUCUAAUGGAGGAGGCUCUUUGGAAUUUGUUGAUACUCAUGAGUUUCUAAUCAUGAACACCACUGACCAUUUCCAAAUGUCAGAUGUUGAGUGGGAUCCCAGCGGAAGAUAUGUCGUGACUGGAGUUUCAUUUUGGAAAACCAAAGUUGAUACAGGAUAUUGGAUUUGGUCGUUCCAAGGAAAGAUUCUCAAACGUAUAAACUUGGAAAAAUUCGCUCAAAUUCUAUGGAGGCCCCGACCAUCUACUUUGCUGACCGAAGAGAAACAAAAGGAAAUUAAGAAAAACCUUAAGAAGUAUUAUCCUCAGUUCGAGAGCAAGGACAGGAUGAGGCAAUCGAAGGCUUCUAAAGAACUCAUUGAGAAACGUGCUGCUCUUAUGGAUAAAUUUAGUACAUAUAGAAAUCAGCAUAUUCAAGAAUAUUUGGAAAAUAAGGAGAGACGUUUACAACUCAGAAACAAUGUGGACACAGAUGAACUUGAUGCUGAUUCCGAAAAUGUGGAGGAGGAAAUUGUAGAAUUCUUUAUUAAAGAGGAAAUCAGCAUAAUAGAUUAAAAUAAUUUGUGAAAACGGUUAUUCCCUGCAUAUGUUUUGUUUGUAACAUAUACGGGGAGAUUAUAAGUAAAACGUCAAAUCGCAUCUAAAUAUUGUUUCAGUUUUAUUUUUAUUUUGGACACUGAUAAAUACAUUUGUUAUUACAUUGUCUUGUCCAUAAUAAUAAGGUUUUUAUAUUUUUGACACGCGCCGUUAAUUAGACUUCAUGUAUAUUGUUAUCAGACUUCUUGUGGUUAGAAAAAUUAAAUAUUUCAUAAGAAAAUUUGUCUGUUAUAAUUAUUUAUCUGCCCAUAUUUUUAAAAACUGGAGCUGUAAUAUU